UGAACUCGUCGAAAAUUUUGAACGGUGUUAUUCUGCUGAUCUUCGACAAGGCUUUAGAUGAACCGAAGUACUCGUCUAUGUACGCACAGCUGUGCAAGCGUAUACAAAAAGAGCUAGAAACCGAUAUCGACAAGAGCAAAUCCAGCACCUUCCUGCAAAUUCUGCUGAACGUUUGUCGCGAUAAGUUCGAGAACCGCGUACAGUACAGUGAGAAGAUCAUCAACUCGGAAAGCACACUAACGGAUGAUUUGGAGGAGAAGAAAAAUGUCGCUAAACAAAAGAUACUGGGCAAUGUCAAGUUUAUUGGCGAGCUGUACAAGCUUGGUAUGCUGGUCGAGGCACACCUGCAUAAGAUGCUUCGCUCGCUGUUUACCAACAAGUCCAGCUCAUCGACGGAGAAGAACUGCGAGGACAUGGAAUGUUUGGCCCAGCUCAUUCGGACAUGCGGAAAGAAUCUGGAUACAGAGUUGGGAAAACAGCUGAUGGAUCAGUACUUCGAACGGAUGGAAAAGUACUCGCAAUCGCAAUCGAUGUUUCCACCGCGCAUCCGGUUCAUGCUGCGCGAUCUGAUUGAAUUGCGCAAGAACAAUUGGACACCGCGGAAGGUGGCUUUGGUCGAGGGCCCUGCCCCGAUUCAGGAACUCAAUCAUGACGAUGAUGUCCUUCCGCCCGGGCUAAAUCACUUGCGAAAUCGGGACCGCGACUAUCGCAACAAUGAUCGCAGUGAGCAACGCGAUUGGAUAGGCAAAUUUUCGUUUAAUUUGCAGAAUCUGAACGACGGUUUCAAUUUGUUAAGCGUAUCCAGCCCAUCUCCGUUGCUUCCGUCAAGCUAUAAUCAAUCGUCGAACGGUUAUGGAAACCGCGACCACCGCGAUAAUGGAGGUGGUGGUGGAGGCGGCAGUAACUAUCGCAUGCAUAAUAACCGCAACAACCAGAAUAAUUACGGCAACAACAAUAUGCGCUACAAUAAACACAACAACCAUCAUCAUCAGGGAGGCGGCGGCGGAGGAGGAGGUGGUGGUAUGAGAGAUGGCGGUGGCAAUGGCUCUCAUCCAUCGGCGUAUGGCGGAAAUUCGAGCAUGAUGAUUAACAAAGACCUAGCGCCUCGUUUCAAGCGCAAUUUGAUGACCCCGCCUCAAAAUCCUGUCGAGGAACUGCAAAUGCGUCCGACUCCUAACAGUCUGUUAUUUAAAGCCAAUAUGAACAUCAAACCCCAGAUGCCGAUUUCGUCUACGAUCGGAGGAGGAAACAGUAGCAAUGCCAAGCCCAACUUCAACGGACCACCACUGAAUGAGUUCCCAUCACCGUUAACAACUCGUACGCUCCUUAGUGAGCAGCGCAAUGCUGGACAAAUCAACAGUAGUGCCUUUUCGGGAGGCAGUAGUAGUAUGGGCGGUAGUGGAAACUUUGGGGCAUCCAGUACCUCCGCGUCGUCCUCCGUUACAUCCUCCGUUACCUCACGCGGAGGAAUGCAAAGCGAUAAUGGCGUGAACAUGACUGUGGGCAGAAAUUCGGGAUUGCAACAAUCGUCUAAUCAAAACACUGCACCGAACGUAAUGAAUCAUCGCCAUCAGCAGCACAUGUCACAAGGAAUGAAUCCACGACCUAUGGGUGCUAACGAAGGAGGAACUAUGCACCUGAAUAAACUUCAUUCGGAAAUGAACCAACAUCACCACCAUCACUACCAACAAGGCGGCCCACACGCGCAAGUUACUGAUCAUCAUCAUCAUGGUGGUCGCGACAUGAACGGCGAUAACAACAGGAUGAGUAAUAGCCAUCACGAAACACCGCAUCGUCAGCACAACAAUGAACCGUUAAAUCCAGGACUUCAGAAUACGGGGGGCAGUAUCGGCACCGCAAAUAACAUGUCGCUUUUAAACGGCAGCAAAUUAAUCCCGAAAGAACAGCAGGGCGUCGUUAAACAAGCUUCUACAGAUAAACCCGAAAAGAAAAAGAAAGAAAAGGGAUUGAGUAAGGAGGAUCAUUUGAAGCGUAUCGCUACUUUUGUCAGUGACGUUAUGCUGGAAAACAUCAAGCAGCAAAUAGAGGAAGACGAACAAAAAGUUAGCGAACUGGAGAAUGAUGAAAAGUACGCAAAGGAACCCCAUUGCGCGACCGUGACCGAGGUGGUUGUCGAAGUUGUUGAUAAGAUAGAAGAAAAAAUGGAACCCACCUUAUCAACACCACCAGUAACGGAUGAAACCGAGACAACAACUACCGCUGACGUGAAAACAUCUCUUAUUGAAAAUGCAGAACUUAUCGAGCAGAAGUUGGCGGAACAAGACGAUCUUGUGGAGAAGGAAAAGAAACUAGAGGAAGAUGAAAAUCGACCCGUCGAUCUUCUUCCAGGAGAUGAAAAGUUGGACGUUGGUUCCGAAACGCAAAAGGAAGAGAAUGAUACGACAACGUUGGAAAACCAACAAGAACAACAGCCGCCGGAGCUUGCAACUGUGGAGAUCGGUGACUCUUCCGACGAAGUGAAAGCACAAGAAGAACUAAAAGAUUCUGCUUUGCCAGUCGCUGCUAAUCCCGAAUUGAAGGAUCUGUCGGAUGAAAAGCAAGUAUUGAAAAAAUCUUCACUGAUGGAUGAACUAGUUAACGCAUUUUGCGAUCUUAAGAUUCCGGAAAAGUUUAUGCGUGAAGCAAUGAUUGCAAUUUUAAAUCAAGUGCUGGAUCGUAACGAUGCGUACCACGUAAAGACGAUUGAAUUUUUGCAGAUUCUUAACAAAGAAGCUAAACUCUCGCACAGUGCUGCACUAGAAUCAUUUAAAUCGAUUGUAAACGGAAUGAACGAGAAGGAGAAAACCAUUCCGAAAAUUACGACCAUUAUUGCGUCGCUGCUGGCAAGAGCCGUCGCUGGCAAUCUGUGCAAUCUGUCCGAUAUUGCAACCUUCACUGAGAACGGGCAGCAUUAUCCACUGUUUCUGCUCGUGUUGCAGCAUUUACACAAGCAGCUGGGUAAGCAACCGCUGCAAGAGCUGUUCAAUAAGAGCAAAGUGAACUUAAUGUCCAGCCUGCCGGAAUGUGAUCGUACUAAGGAUCGUAUGGCUGAAAUUUUGGAAGAUCGCAACCUGAACUUCCUGUAUCCAUUGUUACGCGUGCAAGCUGAACUAUGGAAGCAGAUCCAGUCGGACGCCAAUCCUCAACAGUUCUACAAAUGGAUUAAGGAGAAUGUCGAACCAUCGUGCUACGCGGAACAGGGCUUCAUCGUGGCUAUUAUGACGGUUUUGCUUAAAUAUAUUCAUCAGGAAUCGGAAAAUUUGAAGGAAGAUAAGAAGCGCAUCGAAAAAGAAAAGGAAAUUUUAGCUAAGUAUUGUCCAGUGUUGAACGCUUUCCUAAACGGCAAUAACGACUUGCAGUUGACUGCUGUGUAUGCAAUUCAAGUUUUCUGGUACAGCAUUGGCUAUCCGAAAGGUGUUUUGCUACGAUGGUUCCAAGAGAUUUACGAAUUAAGCGUCAUUGAAGAUGAAGCAUUCUUGAGAUACAAAGAAGACGUCACCGAUAUUUAUCCAGGCAAGGGCAAGGCAUUGUUUCAGGUUAAUCAGUGGCUGACAUGGUUGGAAGAAGCGGAAGACGAGGAUGAUGACGAAGAAGAUUAA